AUGUGGGCGAUUAAUGAGGUUGGUUCGUUUCCGAACGAAAACUCGUCAUUUAGCAGGUUGUGUAUUUGGCCAAUUAAAACGUUCUUCAUGGUCGUCGCAAUUAGCGGCAAUCAGCGAGUGUGGAUUGCUCGUUUCUUGUGGAUUCUUUUCGUUUUCGAAUCGUUCCUUGACGACUCAUCGCCUAACAGCGUCUCGAUUACAGCCGGUUCUUACGAUGCAUGA